CAGCUGACUAGUGACAGUUACAAAUGUCGAUUGAUGGUUCGUGAACUGAGAGUGCAGAUUUACGGUAAAAUCGGCAAUUUUGUCGGUAUUACUCGUAAAUAAACAGUUACUAUAUUUUAUCCAAGCUGAAUUACGCUAAAAUUGAACCAGCUAUGAGCAUGCCGACGGAUUUCGGGCCCGACUCCGGCGGUAGAGUUAAGGGCCUGGUCAUAAUAAAGCCUAUAGUAUACGGCAACAUAGCACGCUACUUCGGCAAGAAGCGCGAAGAAGAUGGGCACACGCAUCAAUGGACAGUCUACCUGAAGCCUUAUGCAAACGAAGACAUGUCAGUUUAUAUAAAAAAAGUGCAUUUCAAACUGCAUGAAAGUUAUGCGAACCCCAACAGGAUAGUGACGAAACCUCCUUACGAGCUCAUGGAGACGGGUUGGGGAGAGUUCGAGAUCGUCAUUAAAAUAUAUUUCCAUGACCCCAAUGAGAGACCGGUGACACUAUACCACAUACUCAAGCUAUUCCAAUCACCAGUGUCGGACGGUGCUCCUCCGACAGUGGGCAGGGCUCUUGUCAGUGAAUCCUAUGAGGAAAUAGUGUUCCAAGAACCGACACAGUUGAUGCAGCAUCUACUGAACAGCAUCAAACCCAUUACAAAUGGAGCUUGGAAUCAUGAUACAAACUUUGAAGAAAAGAAAGAAAAGACACUAGAAAAAAUUAUAGCGGCGCAAAUGAAAGUCAAGACAGAGAUAUCAGAAUUGAAAGAAAAACUUAGCCUUGCGAAAGAAACCAUAGCAAAGUUCAAAGAGGAAAUAGCUAAGAUACAGAAUAAUCCUGGAAACAGCUUAGUAGCGGGUGUAUAAAAUUAUAUAUUCCAAGAAAUAAAAAUGAGUAAAAAUUAUCAAAUGCAAGAUUUCUGUGCUAUUAGUGCAACGCCGCGGUGUAAUGGGCGAAUUGACGCUUAAUUAAUUUAUUUGUAUGUAACUUAACCUUAAUUUUACCUACGACUGACCAAAAUGAAAUCAAAGAUAACAAUAGUCUAUGACCCAUCCAGUCUGAUAUCUGAUGAGCUUAAAUUAAUUUAGACUGUUUUUUUUAUAUCAGCGUGGCUGUGUCCCCACUGCACCUGAUGGUAAGUGGAGUGGGGUCCAAUAGAAUGUCGACUGAUGGCAGAUGAUUACCCCUCGGCAGUCAUCACAAUUAUACCGGCCUAUUAAAACCAGGUAUACACAGGCUGAUCCCGGAGCGCGACACACUUACGUGGGCCACGAUAGCGAGUUUUAAAACCUUGUGUACGGUGGUCGCCAUUCGGACAGAUAUAUCCUACCUCUAGCAAACCACAAAAUGAAAAUCUACAAACGAAUGGACAACAUUACCACCUAAGCUAAUAUUUUGCAAACAAAGAAAUAACAAUUUUGUCUGUGAAAACAAAGCCUAAAGCCCUAUUGAUUGUUGUACCACUGGAUACAGAUGAGAUAUAGACAUUUUUAAAGUGUUGUGAAAAAAACACGGGAGUGUUUUUCGUAUAUAAAAGUUCAAGUGAUGAGCUAAGGCAAAUAUAAGUGAUUUUUAUUCUCUAUGUAUAUCAUUUUAGUGGUAAGAUAAGUAGGUAUUUGGAAGUAUACUCACUAUAAAGACUUUAAAUUUUGUAAAAUAGUGCAUAUCCAUAAUAUGAAAGUUUACUUUCAAAAUGUAAAAUCGUUUACUGACACUAAAUAAUUUGCUAAUAAUAAAGCUUCAUGUAUUGUAUUCCACAGUCCAGGCUGUUAUCAGUCUCUUAUUAAUGAAAAAUAAUUAUAAAACUCAUUUUAGUUAUUGGUGCGUUCAAAGAAACUCCAUCUUUAUAUACUAUACAGGGUCGUUUAUAUACUGUGUUGCUAAAUGGAACCACAUAUAUCUUUACCUCUGCUAACAUUAUGCCAAAAAUCAUCCAUUAAUAACAAUAUAUUUGCCAAAAAUCUUCGUUUUAGUUUUCUCCGAUUUUCGAUUAUGUUGUAGUUAAGUGCGAAUAUGGCGUGUGAGUUUAUUUCUCACUGAAAGUAUGUUGCUGCUCCGCUAAAUUCUCUCCCUAUAGUAAUAGUGAGAUGUAAAAUAACAUGUAAAAUUAAAUUACUUUUUAUCGAUAUCUAUUGUGUACAAAACUUACACUUUUUUAUUUUGCAUAUACAGUUCGUUACUUAUUUUAAUGUGUUAUUUUCAAGAAUAUAAGUAUGUGGUUUCAUUUAGUAACACAAUGUCAAAAUGACCCUGUAAAGUGUAGAUUAAUUUAAUAGUGUAAAGACUGAAUAAAUAUACAGUGUAGGACACUAAAUGC